AGCCGCGGUUAGCACCACGUGUUGUUGUUGUAGCCGCUGCUAAGCUGCUAAAAGCUGCUGUUUGACCCGCUCAGGUUGGAUAUUCCGGGGCUCGAACCCCCAACACACCGAGGAUCAUGGCGUCCACCGCGGCAGGGAAGCAGCGGAUCCCCGAGGUGGCGAAGGUGAAGAACGAAGCUCCUGCCGAGGUGCAGAUCAUCGCCGAGCAGCUGCCGAGAGAAGCCAAGGAGAGGGAGCUGGAACUUCUGCCGCCGCUGCCCAAGCAGGAAAUUACCGACAAGGAGGAGCUCAACGACUCCAAGCUGAGGAAGAGGAAGAAUCAUAAAGGAAGACCCAAAAGAUACUGCUGUGAUGAUUGCAAGCAAGUCUUCACCACUUCAUCAAACCUGAAGAUCCAUAAGAAAACUCACGCUGGUGAUAAACCAUACAGCUGUGAUCAGUGUGGUGCGGCUUUUACCCAGCAAAGUGAUCUAAAGCGACACCAACGUAUUCACACUGGAGACAAGCCUUACAGAUGUGAUCAGUGUGGAGCGGCUUUUGCCCACCAAAGUAACCUAACGACUCACCGACGUAUUCACACUGGAGACAAGCCUCACAGAUGCGAUCAUUGUGGGUCGGCUUUUGCCCGGCAAGAUUAUUUGACGAGUCACCAACGUAUUCACACUGGAGACAAGCCUUACAGAUGCGAUCAGUGUGGAGUGGCUUUUGCCAGGCAAGGUGAUUUGACGACUCACCAACGUAUUCACACUGGAGACAAGCCUUACAGAUGCGAUCAGUGUGGAGCGGCUUUUGCCCAGCAAGGUAAUCUAACGAGACAUCAACGUAUUCACACUGGAGACAAGCCUUACAGAUGCGAUCAGUGUAGAGCGGCUUUUGCCGAGCAAGGUGCACUAACGAGACAUCAACGUAUUCACACUGGAGACAAGCCUUACAGAUGCGAUCAGUGUGGAGUUGCUUUUGCCGAGCAAGGUGCUCUAACCGGACAUCAACGUAUUCACACUGGAGACAAGCCUUACAGAUGCGACCAGUGUGGAGUUGCUUUUGCCGAGCAAGGUGCUCUAAUGAGACAUCAACGUAUUCACACUGGAGACAAGCCUUAUAGCUGUGAUCAGUGUGGGGCGGCUUUUGCCCGGCAAGAUGCUCUAAUUAAUCACCAACGUAUUCACACUGGAGACAAGCCUUACAGAUGCGACCAGUGUGGAGUUGCUUUUGCCGAGCAAGGUGCUCUAAAGCGACACCAACGUAUUCACUCUGGAGACAAGCCUUACAGAUGUGAUCAGUGUGGGGCGGCUUUUGCCCAGCAAGGUAAUUUGACGAGUCACCAACGUAUUCACACUAGAGACAAGCCUUACAGGUGUGAUCAGUGUGGAGCGGCUUUUGCCCAACAAAGUAGCCUAACGACUCACCAACGUAUUCAUUCUGGAGACAAGCCUUACAGAUGUGAUCAGUGUGGAGCGGCUUUUGCCCAACAAAGUAACCUAACGACUCACCAACGUAUUCACACUGGAGACAAGCCUUACAGAUGCGAUCAGUGUGGAGCGGCUUUUGCCCAACAAAGUAACCUAACGACUCACCAACGUAUUCACACUGUAGACACUGGAGGUGUACAUUUGUGAUCAUUGCUG